AUGAGAAUGCUUCUGCAUUUGACUUUGGUUGCUCUUGGAGCUGCCCAUGUUUGUGUCUUUGCUGUAGAAAGUACCCUGAGUAGACUGGUGGCAGAGACCUUGACAUUGCUCUCCACUCAUCGAACUCUGCUGAUAGGUGAUGGGAACUUGAUGAUUCCUACUCCUGAGCAUACAAAUCACCAACUAUGCAUUGAAGAAGUCUUUCAGGGAAUAGACACAUUGAAGAAUCAAACUGCACAAGGGGAUGGCGUGAAAAAAAUAUUCAAAAACUUGUCUUUAAUAAAAGAACACAUAGACAGCCAAAAAAAGAAGUGUGGAGGAGAAAGAUGGAGAGUGAAACAAUUCCUAGACUACCUGCAAGUUUUUCUUGGUGUGAUAAACACGGAGUGGACAAUGGAAAGUUGAGACCUACCUCUUUCACUGUAGGGAAAGCUUCUGGAGGAGGAGAAGGAUGUUUUAAUGCAACAAGGAUGAGGGCCAACCAAUGGCGGAGACUUAAUAUUCAGUGUAAUUAAACUUCAGAAGCAAAGUAAAUAUUUUAGGCAUACAACUGUUUUACCUCACACAGGCAGAAAGUGCAUAAAAACAAAAAAUUUGAGUUGUAUUUCAG